UGUACGUUGAUAUGAAUAAUGUUUGACAGCAGUAAUUAAAAUAAGUGGCAGCGCCAAACAGAUGUUUGAAAAAAUUGAAAUUAUGAUACAUUAUGGUUAUGUUUUUAAACGUAUUUAAAAAGCUGUAGGAAUGUCAUUGAAUGUUAAUAUUGGUUUAUUAGGGCAUGUUGACUCCGGUAAAACAACAUUGGCUCGUGUGCUCAGUUCAAUUGCUAGCACAGCAGCAUUUGACAAAAAUCCACAAUCCAAAGACCGGGGCAUAACACUUGACUUAGGAUUCAGUGCACUUGUCAUAGAAGAACCGCCGGACCAUUUAAUUGCAGAAAUGUGUGAUUUAAAAAAACUACAACUAACUUUUGUGGAUUGUCCUGGUCAUGCGAGCUUAGUUCGAACUAUUAUUGGUGGUGCUCAAAUAAUCGAUCUGAUGCUGUUGGUAAUUGAUGCACAAAAAGGCAUACAAACACAAACAGCUGAAUGCAUUGUCAUUGCCGGAUUAUUGAAGAAGAAAGUUAUAGUGGUUGUCAAUAAAAUUGACUUAUUGGAGGAGGCAACAAGAAAUGAGUUGCUAAUAAAACUUAAUAAGAAACUACAAAAGGCUCUUAACAAUACGUCACUAGGAAUCAAUGUGCCUAUAUUUAAUGUGUCUGCUCAAAAUAUGAUAAAUAUAGAGGAACUUAUCUGUGGUAUUAAAUCACAUAUACAUGUGCCAAAACGUGAUAUAACUAGUCCGCUGGUUCUCUAUGUUGACCACUGCUUUUCAAUAAAGGGUCAGGGUACAAUAUGUACUGGUACAAUAAUGCAAGGUACAAUUAAAGUUGAAGAUGUGGUGGAAAUCCCAUCAAUUUCAGAGCAGCGAAAAGUCAAGUCCAUACAAAUGUUUCGACAGUCAGUAUCAGUUGCGGAAAUGGGUGAUCGCGUAGGAGUUUGUGUAACGCAAUUUAACUCUAAAUUGUUGGAACGUGGCAUUAUAACAAAACCAGGCUAUUUACAUUCGCUUUAUGCAAUUUGUAUUCGAUUAAAUCGUAUUGAAUAUUUUAAGUACGAUAUUAAAUCAAAAAGUAAACUGCACUGCACUGUUGGUCACGACACUGUAAUGGCUAACAUAACACUGUUCCACAAUGUUGACGAGAAUAGCGAUGAACAAAAAUUUAAUAUAAACAAUGAAUAUGAAUAUAUAGAACAGUUGGAAGCUUCCGACACAACACAAAAUUGUAAUCAAACAGUUUUUGUUCUUUUGGAAUUUGAGAAACCAAUUAUAGCCAGAACGAAUGCCACAAUUAUUGCGUCCAAAUUGGAUAUGGAUAUUCAAAGUAACUCCUGUCGUUUAGCAUUUUGGGGUGAAAUAGAGUGGCAUACAUUAUCUAAAAACUAUAUUUCAGAAGAGUUGCCUAAAUUCAAAAUAUUUAAACGAAAAGUUAAGCAAGGUUCGAUACAACGCGUUUCAGGGGAUAAUCAAGUUAUCGUUCAGAAUUUGUUUAAGAAAGAGGGGAACCGAGAUUAUUAUGUGGGAAAAAAUGUUGAAUUAUCAACUGGUGAAAUUGGUAUAAUAGAGAGCACUUUCGGUCAAACCUCAAAAGUGAAAAUACAUUUUCCAAAAGGAUUGAAGAACGAAACUAUACAAUUACUACUAACUAAACGUGCUAAUGAAAUUUUAGUUUAUAUGAAAUUAAAAAAAUAUAUAUUUAACAAAAACCUUUAAUUAGUAAA